AUGGUAAAAGAAGAAAAGAAUAAAGUGUGGGAUGACAAAUGCAAAGAAAUUAAUACGUAUAUAGGCGGAAGAAGGAAUACGGAAGUAUGGAGAUUUAUAAAAACAACAACUGAAAAACAGGAGUCAGCCCCUAUAGAAAUAAUAACCAACAAAGAAUGGGUGAAAUAUUAUUCCAAAUUGUUGUCAGAGAACAGACCUGAGUAUCAAGAACCGCCACAGCCAGAAAUAAACAUUGAAGGAGAGGAAAUCUACGUGGAUACCAACAAAAUAAAGACCGCUAUAAUGUCUUUAAAGAAUGGAAGAGCAUGUGGCCCAGAGGGAGUAUAUGCGGAACUCAUAAAAUCUGGAAGCAAAAACCUGUUUAGAAUGUUAACAAACACAGUUAACCAGUGCUUAAAUGGUCAUCCAGUACCUGAACAGUGGAAAAAAAGCAUAUAUCCCCUCUAUAUAUAA